UUCCUGCCAAAUCUACCGGUACGACCGACCCAAUUCGGAGAAUAACAGAUAGAAUGAAGAAGUGUGUGUUGCUCUUCGUUGUCCUCGUCGGGCUCUCCUUUAGCGCGGUGCUCGGGGCACCUGCACCCGCCGGCGGUAAUAGUGUUGUUGCUACGUCUUUGUGCAAUGCCGCCCCAGGAGGAUCGCUCCAGCAUGAUGCGACUAGAAACCUCUAUAAGAGAACCGACAAGGGCAAAAAGGUGCAUGACGAGGGGACAAGCAGCAACUCCAAUAUCGUCACCACGACGGAAGAAGCUUACAAUUGGGUUUACCGCGUACCAGUAGGAACGGCAACUGGAUUUCUCUUCCGCGGGGACUCGUCUCAAGUUGCCACCUUCAUUGAGCAGAUGGAAAAGUACAUCAGGGACGGGGAAUUCGGCGACAAGAAGCUUGUUCACGUUUCAAAGUGGACAGUGCCCAAUGAUGAAGGCCAUCAGGGAGCUCAAGUUACGGUCGAGCCUGUUGGUGAGCAGAGCAAUACCGAUAACGGCGAAGAGGAAGUAACAGCAGAAAAGAAGGAGCUCUUCUCCAAUACAGUCUAA